AUGCCGACCAUAUUGACAUGUGUGAAAGCGUUUCAACGUCUCGACUCGCGGGGCAAGCCCACUGUGCAAGUCGAGGUGGAAACAAAAGACGGCAAAUUCCGCGCCAUUGUGCCGUCGGGCGCGUCCAAAGGAGACUAUGAAGCGAUCGAGCUGCGUGACGGGGGUGAGGCAUACGGAGGAGCUGGAGUCCAGCAAGCCGUCCGAAACGUGCGAGAGACGAUCGGUCCUGCGCUUCUCGAAAAGCAGUAUGAUCUGGAAAUGGGGUUGAAAGAGAUCGACAGCUUCAUGAUCAAGCUGGACGGCUCCUCGGAUAAGGGUGACCUGGGAGCAAACGCCAUACUCGGUGUCAGCAUGGCUUGUGCCAGGGCAUGUGCAGCUGCGAAGGAAAUGCCAUUGUAUGACUUUCUGGCCAGCGAGCUUCAAUCGUCACCCAAGCAUCACAUCGUUCCGGUGCCUUUCUUCAAUGUUCUCAAUGGUGGCGUUCACUCGGGGAAUACAAUGGCAUUCCAAGAAUUUAUGAUCGCGCCGACUGGUGCUACCUCCAUCACUCAAGGCAUCCAAUGGGCGAGCGAGGUGUAUCAGACAUUGAGAUCAAUCAUCAUCGAAAAGUUCGGUAAAGCAGCUAUUGGUAUUGGCGAUGAAGGGGGUUUCGCGCCGCCCAUCACUCAACCUACCGAAGCAUUGGAUCUAAUAAUGUCCGCCAUCAAGGGCGCAGGACAUGAAGGGAAGAUCACCAUCGGUAUUGAUCCGGCCUCGUCGGAAUUCUUCAGCGAUGGACAAUACGACUUGGGCUUCAAGUCCAACAAGCCAAGGAGACUCAGCAGUACGGAACUGGCAGAUCUGUACCGGAGUCUCGUCGACAAGUAUCCAAUCGUCUUGCUAGAAGACCCUUUUGCGCAAGACGAUUGGGAGUCAUGGAAACGUUUUCAUGCGGUUUCAAAGAUUGACAAUGUUGAGUUAGUGGGCGAUGACCUCUUAGCGACCAACCUCGUACGAAUCGAGAAGGCCGCAGAAGCUGACGCGUGCGACUCCCUGCUCUUGAAGGUCAACCAGAUCGGCACAGUCAGUGAAUCUCUCGCGGCGACAAAACGGGCGUACGAACUUGGCUGGGCCGUCUUCGUGUCUCAUCGCUCCGGGGAAACCACAGACGACUUCAUCGCAGAUCUGGCAGUGGGCAUCGGCUGUGGCCAUUUGAAAGCCGGGGCACCCUGUCGCGGUGAGAGAGUGGCCAAGUACAACCGGCUAAUGGAUAUCGAAGAGGAAUUGCAGGCACGGAAAGUGGACUCUUCCUACGCUGGAGAGUCGUUUCGGUAUGCCUAUUCCCAGGCUAAGUUCGCAUGA